CAAAUCAAAAUCAAAAUCUAGAUGAAUCGUUGAGAGGGAAUAUUCAUCCUACGGUCCUCCUCAUGAUACCAUACGUUUCUUCAUUCCGGCUAUAAAUUCGCCGCAAGAAUUGAAGUGAUCGUUGCGUCCGAUAUUGAUGCCAGAAAUCCCAGAUGGCGAAGUGGGUUCAACCCUGUCGGAUUCCAAACUCACGCUGUUCGACAAGUACGAGAUGGGCAAGAUCCUGGGCUGUGGGGCCUCCGCCAAGGUGUAUCACGCCCGGGUCAUCCCAACGGGCCAAAACGUGGCGGUUAAAGCCAUCAGCAAACAGCGCAUUGUGAAAGGAGGUCUCACCGGUAACGUCAUGCGGGAGAUUUCUAUCAUGCGCCGCCUGCGCCACCCUCAUAUCGUGCGCCUCCACGAAGUCCUCGCUACCAGGACUAAGGUGUACACUGUCAUGGAGUACGCCAAGGGAGGGGAGCUUUUCGGGAAGGUCGCGAAGGGCCGAUUCAGCGAAGAUCUCAGCCGUAAGUAUUUCCAGCAGUUGAUCUCCGCCGUUGAUUACUGUCACGCCCGCGGCGUUUACCACCGCGACCUCAAGCCCGAGAAUCUGUUGCUGGACGAGAAGUGGGACCUGAAGGUGACCGAUUUCGGGUUGGGUGCGGUGAAGGAUCAGGUCCGACCCGACCGCAGGCUCCAUACCCUGUGCGGCACCCCGGCUUACGUGGCGCCGGAGAUUCUCACGCGGAAAGGCUACGACGGCGCGAAGGUUGAUUUGUGGUCCUGUGGAGUCAUCCUUUUCGUGCUCAACGCCAGCUAUUUGCCCUUCCGAGACUCCAAUUUAAUGGCUAUGUACCGGAAAAUCUACAGGGGCGAAUUCCGGGUCCCCAAGUGGACCUCGCCGGAACUUAAACAUCUCUUGACCCGGAUCCUCGACGCAAACCCGCUGACCCGAAUCACAAUCGAAGGAAUAAAGAAUGACCCCUGGUUUAAAAAAGGCUACAAAGAGGUUAAAACCCAUUCCGAUUCUGAACCCGAAUUCAAACCCCACCCCGAUUUCUACGGAGAAAAUAACUGCUUCAAUGCAUUCGAUCUCAUCUCAAAUUCCUCCGGUCUAAACUUAUCCCCAAUGUUCGAUUACCCCGGCGGCGGUUCAGUCGUGGCUAACCGGUUUUUAUCCGCCGAGCCGGUGGAGAGAAUCGGCGACACGGUUGAGGAGAUUGGCAGAAGGGAGGGGAUGAGAGUGACAAGGAAGAAGGGGUGGGUGAGGGUCGAGGGGCAGAACGGGGAUUUCACAUUGGUUGUGGAAACCAACCGGCUAACGGAGAAACUGGUAGUGGUGGAUGUUAAGAGAAAGCAGACCAUGGAGGAAUCUGGACAGGAUGUGUGGAUUGUAAAAUUUAAGUCUCGUCUAAGUCGAUUAAUUUAUCGACCGGAAGAGCAGGUCUCCGGUAUUUCUUAAGCUAAGCUGGACUUACAAAAUUAUUACAUUGCAUAUCAUUGAAAAUUAAAACAACUAUAAGCUACAUACUCCGUAUAAUUCUAGGUUGUUACAAUCUCAA